CCAGCCGUCGUAGCUCCUCCAAAUGGGCACCUCCGGGAAGCAAAAAACCCUGACCGGCGCCGGCGACUUAAUCCGGAUUCUCCCGACCGGCACCGUGUUCCUGUUCCAAUUCCUGAGCCCGGUCCUGACCAACAGCGGCCACUGCGAACCCUUCAACAGAACCGUCUCCCUCGUUUUCAUCCUCCUCUGCGGCUUCUCCUGCUUCCUCUCCUCCUUCACCGACUCCUAUGUCGCCCACGACGGCGCCGUCCACUGGGCCUUCGCCACCCCCGCCGGCCUCUGGCCCGCCCCGGACCCGCACUCGGGCUCCCUCGACCUCUCGGCCUACGCGCUCCGUGCCGGGGACUUCGUCCACGCCACGCUGUCGGCGCUGGUGUUUGCGGUUCUGGUGGUGCUCGACUCCGACACGGUGCGGUGCCUCUUCCCGGAGGCGGCGGCGGAGGAUAAGAUGCUGGUGCAGAUUCUGCCGCCGGUGGUCGGAGCGGUUUCGAGCGCGGUGUUCGUUAUGUUCCCUAAUACUCGCCAUGGCGUUGGGUAUCAUUCCACUGCAACUUCCCUCGGAGUUCAAAAGGCUGCCAUAAGCUAAAAAAUUAAUUAAAGCUAAUAAUGAAAAAUUUGGUCAUAAUUUUAUCUGUUUUAAUUUUUUUUUAAUUCUCAAAUUGUAUCAUAUGUAUUCAUAAUUUCUAUUAGUGAGUUUGAUUCUGACUAAAAAA